UCAAACCGCUCUGCAGGCUGCGCAGUGGGCUACUGCGCUCACAGCUAUACACAUUGACCCGAGAGAGUCAGACGCGAAGGUUUGGACAAAUCAGCCCUCAUUCAGAUAUGGAGACUCUGUUGAAGAUCGGCAGGUAGACAUCGGGCUUUCCUUCGUCUCCACUACUGCCAGUGUGAAGAAGUUAUCUUCCGUUUUCAAUGACACUGACAGCAAGUGAAAGUUAAAGCCGUCCACUCCUCCCACGAAAUCUACGCAUCCCUACACGCCUCGCUCCCUGAAGUCUUCAGGAUGUAUCAGAUCGUCCCCGUGGCUCCCGGGGAGCAGCAGCAUACGGCCGGGGGAGCUGGAGGCUCUCCUCUGAAGAAGAAACUGUCUCAUGAAGGCCGUCCCCUGGUGCUGGCAGGCUUGUUGGGCUGUGUGUUGGUGCUGGCUGCUGUGGUUGCCUGGUGCUACUACUCGGCGUCCCUCCGUAAAGCCCAGCUGCUGAAGGCUGAGCUGCUGGAUCUCAACAAAGAUGGCUUUAUUAUUCAUAACCAGGCGGGGGCUCUCAUCUUCAGAAUGACCUUCAGGUUUGGCACUCUGGAUCUGGACUCCUGCUCGAAGGAGGGCAGCAAUCUGAGCUGCACUCGGUCAGAUUCUGGCAAGCUCAACUUCUUCAUCCAGACGGUACGACCAAAGGACACGGUGCUGUGCUACCGCGUUCGCUGGGAGGAGCUGCAAAGUAAGCGCUCGGUGGAGCACGCCAUGGCCUAUAACGAAUCUCAUUGGUACGGAGGGGCGGAGACGGCAACCCAGUACUGGCCUAUCAGGAUGCAGGGCGAGGAGGAACCGCAGCCUUUCAUCACCAGUGACGUCUACUCGAAUCGGAACGCUUUCGGGGGGAUCCUGGAGCGCUAUUGGCUGUCCUCGAACGCCACUGCCAUCAAGAUUAAUGACUCUGUACCGUUUCAUUUGGGCUGGUCGGAGAAGGACAGGACACUCAGGUUCCAGGCCCGGUUCCAGGACUCCCCCUUUAGACCACCAGAGGGUCAGCAGUCCUUACCUGAACUCAGCUAUAGAGUGUGUGUGGGGUCGGAUGUUACCUCUAUUCACAAAUACAUGGUGCGUCGGUAUUUCCCAAAGCCUAUCAAGGUGCCGUCUCCUGAGGUCUUCAAACAGCCAUUGUGGUCCACGUGGGCUCUCCACAAGACUGCUGUGACUCAGGAGAAACUGCUGCGCUACGCCUCUGACAUCACCAAGUACGGCUUCACAUGCUCCCACCUGGAGCUGGACGACCGCUACACCGCAGACUACGGAGAGUUUGACUUUGACCCGCAGAAGUUCCCCAAUGCUAGCGGUAUGUUUGACAAGCUCAGAGAGGACGGCUUUCAAGUGUCGCUCUGGACCCAUCCUUUCAUCAACUAUGACUCCAUCAAUUUUGGCGUCGCUGUGGAGAAAGGACUGUUCGUCCGGGAGCCGAGCGGCGAGCUGCCUGCUCUGGUGCGCUGGUGGAACGGCAUUGGGGGGAUCCUGGACUUCACCAACCCGGAAGCCCGUGAGUGGUAUUCCUCACAUCUGCACAUGAUGAAAACCCGCUAUGACGUGACGUCCUUCAAGUUCGAUGCGGGAGAGACGAGCUACCUCCCACGCCAGUUUAGCACCCUGGUCCCGCUGUCGGACCCCUCCACCUUCACCCGCCGCUACACGGAGAUGGCCAUCCCAUUCAGUGAGCGUGCGGAGCUGAGGGUGGGUUACCAGAGUCAGGACAUCUCCUGCUUCUUCAGGAUCAUUGACAGAGACUCUGUGUGGGGCUAUGAGCUCGGCCUCAAGUCCAUCAUCCCGACUGUCCUCACCAUUAGCAUCCUGGGCUACCAGUUUGUCUUACCUGAUAUGAUAGGAGGGAAUGCAUACCCCAACCGCACCGCAGUUGGUUUAGAUGGCAAAAAUGUUCUGCCGGACAGAGAGCUGUACAUCCGAUGGUUGGAGCUGUCUGCUUUCAUGCCUGCCAUGCAGUUCUCCAUACCACCAUGGGCCUAUGACAAUGAGGUGGUGCAGAUAGCGCAGAAGUUCACAGAGCUCCACGAGACUCUGGUGGCCCCGAGGGUCCUUGAACUGGCAGGCGAGGUUCUUGAUACUGGGGACCCGAUCAUCAGGCCCCUCUGGUGGAUUGCCAACGACGACGAGGCAGCGUACAAGAUCGACUCCCAGUUCCUGAUCGGUGACGACCUGAUGGUGGCGCCGGUGUUGGAGCCAGGGAAGCAGGAGAGGGACAUCUACCUGCCUGCAGGACGAUGGAGAAGCUACAAGGGGGAACAUUUUGACAAGGGCCCCAUGUACCUCACCGACUACCCCGUGGACCUGGACGAGAUAGCUUUCUUCACAUGGGUUCACUGAAGGCGUUAACGGCACAUAACCUUAACUCGCACACACAUAUUGUAUGCACAUGUAUAUUCUAGUGAGCACAAGCCAAGAAAUAGCAGGAGAUGUUUGUUUGUUUUUCAAAGGGAAAUGACCACUAAGGGGAUCUGCCGCCACAGCAGAGUGUGAUUUAUUUAAUUUUUUGGUAAAGAUGAACCUCACAUCUCCUCUGAUCUGCUCUUUCUUUGGACAAAGAAUUAGAAUGAAAACUUGUGUUCACUUUUGAUUCUCUCGCUCCAUCCUGAAGCCGAUCCUCAUCCUCAUGUGCCUUCCACAGCCAAUAGUUACACCGAUCUCUGAUUGUAUCGUCACCGCAGUCUUCCACCCAAUGCACAUCUAGAGUCCUCCAAGGCCCAUAGCUCGAGUGUUUUUGGUUUUAAGGCUGAUAAAGAGGUAGAUGCAAUACCUGUGCGAUAAGGUGUUUGAUGUGUGUCUCUAUUGUGGGCUGACAGGUUUAGGCACUGAACCAGCAAUAAAUACGCACAGAUGCACUCAGAGGGCAUGCCUAACCUUAUGUCACCAUGGUAACUGCUGUAUUGUGAACACUACUAACUACCUAUGGUUAAAGUUAACAUGCAUUGACAGCUGCAUGUGUCUAAUUUGUCACUUUCUCUUUAUAUUUAUGAGCUUUUCAUUUGUAGGAUAGUAUUUGAAUGUAUUCAUAGUAAAUUGACGUGACUCUGGGUGUAAAUUUGGGGUUCUUGUCAUGAUCAACAGAGUGCGAAUAUUUUUACUUCUACAUUCCUGUGACCUGUUCCUGGUCGUGCCAUUCUCCCACUUCAGUGCCAAAAUCUAUUUCUCCAUUCAUCUUCCGUCUUCCACCAGCUCAGGGGAAAUAAAAGAGAAGUUAGAAUAAAUUUAGUUGAUGCACGGCAAGAAAUAGAUGUAUUGCACCGAUGCUACUGGUUUGCCUUGUUAAACCGGUAUUGUUCUCAAAGAUGCCAUGUUAUAACGUCCCAUCCAUGUCUGCCAUGUGACUUUAUUUGCCUUAUCAGCUGAACUAAGCUAUGCUGUGCUUAGCUUAGAGAACCAGUGCAGCGGUGAAACAGUGAUAUAUGCUUGAUGCUUUGCACCUUUUUGUUUUCGAGCAUUGGCAUUGCAAAAUAAUCUGCCAUCUGAAUACGUGUUUGUCUGCUCUUACACAGUGAUUUCUGGCAUGAAAGUAAAACAUCACUGUUAAGUUGUCAAAAUGCCUUGCUUGAAAUUAAUAAUAGAAUAUAAGCUAGCGUGAGUGCUGUUAUUUUGAAAUGUUAAAAGUCACUAUAUGUAGAACUGUUAUGGGAUUAGUCCUCUUUCAAAUUAUUUUUUGUUUGUUGAAACGAUUGUGAAUUGGAAGUCUUCGUUUCACUUUCUUGCAUUCGUGAUACUACCACCAGAUGGCACCAGCGUCAUGAAUGUUCAAAUCUUAAAUACAGGCUUUGACUUGUAAACUAGACUGCAACAUUUCUUAAAUGAUAAAUGCAUCAUUUGGAAAAUUACUUCUAUGUAUUUAUUGUGACAGAGAAGUGUCAGAUAUAUUUAAAAGGGAUUCAUUCAAAACACUGAAAAAGGGAAUUGGCCAAUAUUUCCACUGUGACACAAGUCUGAAAUGCUAAAGGGAAGUGUUACUUGAUUGAAUGAUUGCUGUUGUCAACGGCCUUUUUAUUUAAUACUUAUACUAAUCUAAAACGGAUGUGAAAAGCUUGAUAUUCAUAUUUGUAAUUACCAUAAAUUUCUAAUGAGUUGAAAACAUGAACAUCCCCAAAACUGAAGUCAGACAUUUUUCUCACAACAUUAUAUAUUCUACACAUAUUUAUAUUUGUUUAAGAUGCUGAGAACAAACUAAAGUAUAUGAUUUGACCAACUAUGUGCUCUCCACUUGUAAAACAUUGGCCUUUGUGUGGCAUACAUAUGGCAUAUCAGUGUGCCAUAUGUAUGCCACAUUUCCUGAUUUCCUCUUCUCCCCCUAAAAGAAAGUGUUGCCUCAUUCUGACUUAGAUGAAAGAAUAUUGAUGAAGGAUUAGGUACAAAAAGAAACUAUUUGACAGCUACUAUACUUGGCGAUGAAAAGUAACCACUGGACUCAAAGCAGGAAAUGCAAAAUCUUAGGGUGUGCUGAUCUGCGUCAGUAAUCCUCAGGAUCAACAUCUAACCACGUAAUGGAUUCAUUUGCUCACGAUGGUUCAUAUUUCAUUCUUCCUGUUUUGUCACUAAUUAGUCACAUGAUUCAUAAAGCUAUUUUUGUUGUACACGUUGAUGUGAAAUGCAGAAGAAUUAAACGAUUCAAUGGUCGAACAA